AUGUUAUCUCUACUACAGAACAUUAGCACGAGAAUCCAGCAUGAGCAGCGUGCCAUUGAUGCACGUAACUAUUCUUCGUUCGCAGCUCUCGCUGUUCUUGUGUUAGAUCACGUCUUGUCGUGUAGGUCGGAAUACAAGUAUAUCUGGCAGGCCAAAUUCCGACUUCCUCAAUUUCUUUAUCUAAUCUCACGGUAUUGGGCGCUUAGCCUUCAAAUUAUGCAUUAUACAUUUGUUCAGAAAUAUCUUAUUCACGGGCCCGUAUCGUCCAGUUUGUGUAAAAUUUGGUUUUCACUUCUGGGUUCGGGAUGCAUUAUGAUGGGUGUUUGUAUGAACUUGAUCUUACUUCUACGAUUAUACGCUUUAUAUAUGAAGGAUUCAAAAAUACUUGCUUUGGCCCUUCCGCUUAUAGGUCAACACGUCGUCGCCCUGGUUGUCGUGGGCCGUGCGGUGUUCAAAGAUGACGCCUUUAGCGACACUUGCGAUCUUUAUCACACCCCAAUAGAAGCUCUACCACUAGGCAUUUUAACCAUUGUGUCCCAGGCGGCAGUUUGGUUAGCAGCUUUUAAGAAACGUAAAAUUGCACAAGCAGCGGUGCUAUCGUUAGUAGUGAGAGAAAGUCACUGGACCCUAGCAGUAUUUGGAGUUUUGGCAGCAAUCAUGAUUCCAUAUUCCUUUGCCACCCAAUCAGUCAAUCCAUUCAUUAUAUUUGUAUGGCCGACAACGUUCAUCUCUAUGACUACUUGUACUCAGUAUGCACAAGCUCAAAUAUUCAAGCGCUCGAAGGGAGUCGGUCACAGAGUUUAUCUUUUCAACCAUCAUCAACUCAACAGAGAGCUCCUUUCAUUCGACGCUCGCCUCCCGUAG